GGGCCGCGUCCACCCGGCCUCAGGGGCCCGGAGGAGCCUCGGGAAAGGGCGGCCUCGUCGGGCCAUCGACGGGCAAGGACGGGCGGGGAUUAACGGCAACGGGGGCGGAGGAGGACAGGCGUCCAACGCCGCCUCAGGCCGCCCGUGAGGGGGCCAUGGCGGAGCGGGAAGACGCCCAUGGCGGCCGCCCCCUGCCCCUACCGCACCCGGGGGGACGGGGGCAGCCGAACCCGCACCCGCCCGGCUGCGUGGCCAGAAGGAUCCGGGAAGAGGUUUAUGAGUGUCAAGAUGUUACUGGGAGUGAGAUCCACCAUUUAGUUGGAGAGAAGGCACUUUCCGGACAAAAGUCUCUUUUUAAAAGAAAAGAAAGGAGCCAUCUUAUGGUCGAAAAAGAAAAGCACUUGAAAAACGAAGAAAAAGUUAAAAGUAAUCGGUCACGGUCACACUCUGAAAUUGAAGAACCACAAAAUAUGUCUUCAUCACUCCAGACAAUUACCAAAAACAGAUCCACGAAAGACCAAGUAAAGGGAAUGGGAGUAAAUGGGACCUUCUAUUGUGAUGUCUGCAAAUACACCACUUCUAGACUCUCAAGUCUCAGUCGCCACUUGAAAACUCAUUCUGAUGUAAAACCCCAUAUGUGCCAUCUCUGUUUGAAAGCCUUCCGCAGUGUUACUCUUUUGAGGAAUCAUGUGAAUACCCAUACAGGAACCAAACCUUAUAAAUGUGGAGACUGUGCUAUGGCAUUUGUGACGAGCGGUGAACUUGGGCGGCACAGACGUUACAAGCACACUCAUGAGAAACGUUUUCAGUGUACAAUAUGUAAAUAUGCCAGCGUUGAAGCAAGCAAGUUGAAGCGACACAUCCGUUCUCACACCGGAGAACGCCCUUUUCACUGUCAUGUCUGUAGCUAUGCUAGCAAAGAUCCCUACAAAUUGAAAAGACACAUGAGAACUCAUUCAGGGGAAAAACCAUACGAAUGCUCUUUGUGCCAAACCAAAUUCACCCAAAGAGGUUCUCUGAAAAUUCAUAUGCUGCAGAAGCACACUGAAAAUGCCCCGAAACACCAGUGUCCACAUUGUGGUACCGUGAUUGCAAGAAAAAGUGACCUACGUGUCCACUUGAGGAAUCUACAUUCUUACAAGACCACAGAGAUUAAAUGUCGUUACUGUUCUGCUGGCUUUCAUGAGCGUUACCUACUCUUACAGCACCAGAAAACCCACAAAGAUGAAAAAAGGUUUAAAUGUGAUGAUUGUAAUUAUGCCUGCAAACAGGAGCGUCACAUGAUAGUGCAUAAGCGUACGCAUACUGGGGAGAAACCGUUUUCCUGCCUUCAUUGCAAUAAAUGUUUCCGACAGAAGCAACUCUUAAGUGUUCACUUCAAGAAAUACCAUGAUGAAAAUUUUACUCCAAUAGUUUAUGAAUGCCCCAAAUGUGGAAAGGCCUUCUCACGCUUGACUAAUAUGAGCAAACACCUUGAGCAUUGCGGACCGGCGAAAUCCGAGACUGUUAUAUCUAGGAAAGGAAGAGAGACUAAAAAGAAAGGACAGAAGAACGACAAAUGCAAAAUUAAAAAAGAAGGUAAUACACAGACAGGUGGAGGUAGGUCUGAGGUGAAUUCAGAGCAUGGUACAAGUAAAACUGUUCCUGUUCUAAGUGGAGAAAUUGCAAGUGCUGUGGAGAAGGUGAAAAAAGAAAUGUCAUGUGAAAUGAUACUCAACAGGAUGGUUAAAUGAUACACAAGUUUUGUUUUCCAAUUUUGUACCUGCUUUGCUAAAGAAGGUUAGAUAUUUUCUUCCCUGUGGAAAUGUCAUAAAAUCUGAUGGUCUAAAACUCCCUAAAAUGUAUUAGAGGACAUGAAUGUGUAUGCCUGAUUAGGCAUCAUAUGAUGAUAAGAAAAGUGUUGCUUUAUUUACGUUUUAUGACUUGCGUUACUGAUUUGAAAACACAAACUUCAAGAAAUUCAUUCAGAUACCAGUUCAGUAGGUCCUAAUUGAUUAAAAAAGGUUAAAUCUGUUGAUAGAGUAGACUGUUGAUGUUUCCGAUAAAGCUAAACAGUUACAGUCUGGAACCUUAUUGAUGUUUAUAUUUUUAAAAUGUACAUAAUUCUUAUGAUAUAUGUCUCCUAUAAAUACAGAGGUUGCCCAAGAACUUGUCUCUCUUUUACAGUAAUAAUGUUUUUUAUUUAAUUUUAAAUGGAUCUAUGUAAUAGGGUAGAUUCUAAUAGGGCAGAGCGUAUAACAGAAGAAACAAGGAGGGUUUAAUUCUUUCAAUGAUGUAUUUUACAUCAGUUUUGGAGAUACUUCAUGAGAUUCAUUUUUCUAUUUGUUUUAGUCCACAGUAUUUGAACAUUCAUCAAGUUAUUUUAAUGCAGUUAUCUUUCUGAAAUCACCCAUAGUUUCAGCCUGAAAUAAUGUAUUGGUUAAUUCCUGUACUCUUCAGGUAUUUCAGUAAUAACGGGUGGUGGGACGAAGUAUUUUGAUAAACAAAAUUUGAAUAUUUGUGUCUUUUAAUGGUUUAUAUUGUGUGACUUUUUCUAUCUAAUUAAAGGUUUUUAUUUUG